CAGGAGGCGGUGCUAGCGGCAUGCAAGGAGAAACAGCAGUACACGACGCCUCGGCUAAACGACAACCUCUACCUGCAAUGCUGCGGUUUCACCAAGAUCGAGAACCUAGAAGAGGGGGGGGACAAACAUUUAUGGUGGCUGACAUUCAUACAGACGCUGUGGCUGGAAGAGAACAACAUCUCGAAGAUUGAGAACAUCUCGCACAUGCAGCAAUUGCGAUGUCUCUUCCUUCAGUCGAACGCUAUCAUGCGAAUCAGCGGGCUGAAGAUGUUGACUUCCCUACAAACGCUGAAGCUAUCCAACAACAUCGUUCGUCUCUCUCUCCCCUCUACUCCUCUUGACGACGCUGCAGCCUUGCGCAUGCUCCACACGUUGGAUGUCAGUUACAACCUGCUGCACACCGUCGAGGACAUAAGUCAUCUUCUCCUCUGCGACUCAAUCUCGGCUCUUCACCUCAACAGCAACCGCCUUGAAGAUCCGAGGUGUGUCGCAGUACUGGAGGGGAUGCGGAAACUGCAGGUCCUCUACUUCAGCGACAACCUCGCCGUCUCUCGCAUCGCUCAAGUCUGGGGAACAUAUCGCAAAUGCAUGAUCGGCAGGAUUCCGGCACUGACGUUCCUUGACGAUCGUCCG